AUGUUCAGGAGAAACGUAUCACGCGUAGUAAAGUAUGGCCUUUACGGGAGUGUAGCUAUAGGUGGUGGUGCAUUUGUAACAUCCAUUUACCCAGACGCGGAUUAUAAUUCUCUACCCAUUGUAAGACAUACUAGAGCUGCCCGAACUGCUCUGGAGAUUAGUCAGAUGUAUAAAUCAAUGCUUUAUAGUAAGAAUUGGGAUAGAACAUCAGAAGAAUAUUUGAAAGUGCGAAGUGAGGCUCAUAAAUUGGGAGCGGAGAAACUACUUGAAUUAUGUAAAUCAAAUAAAGGUGUGUACAUUAAAGUUGGACAACACGUUGGUGCUCUAGAAUACUUGUUACCAUCUGAAUAUGUAACAACAAUGAAAAUUUUACAUAAAGAUGCACCAAGGAACACUGUCGAAGAGUUGUAUAAAGUUUUAAAGGAUGACCUAAAGCAUGAUCCUGCUGAAAUUUUUGUUGAAUUUGACCCUGAACCUCUUGGUACUGCGUCACUUGCGCAAGUUCAUAGAGCAAGGUUAAAGGAUGGAACAGAAGUUGCUGUUAAAGUUCAACAUAGUUAUGUUAGGAAAAAUACUACCAUUGACCUCCAAUGGAUGGAACUCCUUAUAAAAAUAAUGUCAAAAGUUUUUCCUGAUUUUCAAAUGCAAUGGUUGGUUGAUGAAACUAAAAAAAAUAUUGCCAAAGAACUUGAUUUCAUGGAAGAAGGUAGAAAUGCUGAAAAAGUUGCAGAAUUAUUUAAGAACUAUACCUGGCUGAAAGUACCAAAGAUAUUCUGGGAGUUUUGUACGGAAAGAGUUCUUGUCAUGGAAUAUCUUACUGGAGGUCAAGUUAAUGAUAUUAAAUAUAUUGAUAGUCACAAUAUUAGUAGAACUGACUUAUGUACAAAAUUAGGUGACCUAUAUUCACAUAUGAUAUUUGUUACUGGUUUUGUACACAGUGAUCCACAUCCUGGUAAUAUUAUUGUUAAAAAAGAACCUGGAGAUAAAGAAGUAACAAUUUGUUUAUUGGACCAUGGUCUUUAUGCGCAAUUGUCAGACAAAUUUCGUUACCACUACUCAAAAUUGUGGCUCUCAAUAAUUGCAAAAGACAAAGAGGGUAUUAAAUUCUAUGCUGGAAAACUGGGCAUAAACGAGGAUUUGUAUGGGCUGUUUGCUUGUAUGGUAGCAGGAAGGCCUUGGGAUGUCAUUAUGAAGGGCAUUGACAUAACAAAGCCAUCAGCAUCUGAGAAAGUUACAUUUCAAAAUGAGUUACCCAAUUUCUUAAAUCGUGUCUCUCAAUGUUUAGAGUAUGUAGACCGGCAAGCUCUACUUAUUAUGAAGACAAACGAUCUGAUACGAAGUAUAGAGUAUUCAUUGGAAAUGCAAGAUAGAAUGUGUGGUUUUAUGAUUAUGACAAAGUGUUGCACUGAAAGUGUUUAUAAGCUGGAAUUAAAGAACGAAAAUUCACAAGUGAAACGACAAUUAUUAAGUAUAAAGUACCUGUGGUCUCUUUGUGUCCUAUAUUUCUAUGCAAUCUAUUUAACAGUACGAGAGAAAUGGAAUAUGUGCUUCUACAACACAAAUCGUUGUGCUUCCGUUUAA